GGAAUAGAAUGAUGAUCAUAUGGUCUAACUUAACUUUGCCAUUUCAGUCAUUUCACCCUUCCGCUUGAAGACAACCCUGAUCAUUUUAUUGCUUGUUAACUUGAAACAACCCUAAUUUUCUCAGCUUGUGACAGUUAUUUUACACUGAAAUUCAAUUCCAAAUAUCACUAAUAUCAAGCGAUCUUUGGACAUCUGGUGAAAUAAUAAAUCAACGACAGAUUUUGUCUGGCACCAUGGACUUUCAGGUCUUUGUAGGAGAAAUGAUCACCUCCUCUUCUUCCCAGUACGAGGUGCAAGAUCUCCUGGGUUCUGGUUCCUUUGGAGCGGUAACCCAGUGCAGGAAGGUAGCUACCAAUGAAAUGGUGGCUUUAAAAAUCUGCAAAAACAAGAAACUCAUUGAGGAGGCAAAAGAAGAGGCGUCGAUCCUCCAUAUUCUAAAAGAGCUCGGCUCAGACCAAUUCAACAUUGUCAAAUGGCACGACUCCUUUGCCUUUGAGGGGCGUUAUUAUCUGGAGUUCGAGGAACUGGACAUAAGCCUGACAGAAUUCUUGCAGAUGAGCCCUUCCAAGUCUCUUGAGUUGACCGAUGUCCGGCCCAUUGUGCAGCAGCUUGCUACCGCUUUGGAGUUUCUGAAGAGCACAGGCUUCGCUCAUUCAGAUCUGAAGCCUGAAAACAUUAUGAUGGUGGACCAUGUACGGCAGCCAUUGCGAGUUAAGGUCAUUGACUUUGGCUUAGCCCUCAACCAUCCAGAAAACUGGACAGGUGCCACUCUUCAGACCCGGUGGUACAGAGCUCCAGAGAUCCUGCUGGGAGCUCCCUUCAAUGAGGCCAUUGACGUAUGGUCUCUGGGCUGCAUUGCGGCCGAAAUGCUUAUGGGCACUGCACUCUUCCCUGGCUGUGACAACUAUGAUAUGAUGAGACAUAUCAACCUCAUAGUUGGAAAGGCACCGGACCAUAUUCUGAAUGACGGCAUGUACACAAGACAGUACUUUCGCCCAAAUUACCACAUUUUGAAACCCCCUUUUUGGACAUUUAUGUCUUCACUUGAAAAGAGGCACUAUACUUUCACCCCAUGCACAAUUAAAAGCCUGAGUGAUGUCACGAAGGUGCCUGCCAACCUCUCAUCACAAGAUGCCAGCACUCAUGAUUGUGACAGGGUGAGCUUUGCUGACCUAUUAAAAAAGCUACUGGAUGUGGAUGCUUUGCAAAGAAUCAAACCAAGCCAAAUUCUUCAACAUCCGUUUAUAACCACGAGCCACCUCCAUGUGAAAACAUGUGUGUGCGGUGGUGAGAAUGUGGCGAAGGAGGAGAUCUCCGACAGCACAGCCAGCCCGGCCUGCCACCCUGACGAGAGUCACCCUGCUGGGCGACGCAGCAAGGAGCACCCUUCCCUCCAGAGCGUCGUCAUCAGUGGUGAAAACCCUCCUCCAAAGAAAAGGAAAGGGGAUAGUAACGAGGACUCAGAGUGUGGCAACAGACAAACAACAAAGAAAAGGAGGAGUGAAGUCCUGGAUGAAGAGAAGGAUGCACAAAUCAGCCCACAAAGUGAGAAAAAGUGUGUGGAGGUGAAGAGCUUGUGUCAGGAUCUAAGCGUCUAUGGUGGCAAGGAUGUGGCAAAGAAGGACGCGUCCAACAGCGCUGCCACGGAGCACCCUGUCCUCCGGAGCGCCGUCAUCAGUGGGGACAACACUCCUUCAAAGAAGAGAAGGUAUGGUGAUGAGGACUCAGAGUGUGGCAACAGAAGCCCAGCAAAGAAAAGGAGGAGUGAAAGCCUGGAUGCAGCAGUGAAAGAUGCACAAAUCAGCCCAAAGACUUCACGUCUGCCUAAAAGGAAGAGGGAUAAAAAGGAUAUGUCCAUGACGUCAGACAUCAGCUCCCGACCAAAAAGGACGGUAAAACCGGAAAAAGAGCUGAAAGAAGUACUAAGCCACCCAACAAGGCCCGGUCCAGCUCUACCCAGAAGAGUGGGGGCGAUAAAGAGGCUUCCAGUUCAGAAAAAGAAAAACCCUUUACCGCACAAGAGGAAGAGGGGAAGUCUGGAUGGAGGAGAGUGAACCUGUCGAUAAAUUCACUUAAUAUCAUGUGUUUUAUUUCAUCUCAUUAUAAAGCACUUUGGUCAACGUCUGUCGUUUAAAUGUGCUCUAUAAAUUAACUUGAUGUAGAACAAUGACU